CCCUCCCCCUAAAUGUCUGAGGCAGAUGUAACAGUGUACUCUGAUGUUAAGUUCAGAAGAACGAAGAGAAACACCAGUGAGAAAGUUUCCUCAUCGACUGACAGCACUUAAUCUGAAGUCAGCAUCUGGAAUCUGACACAAUGAGCCGUCCACAGGGCUACAUAGAAGGUGAAGCUCCAGCCUCCCAACAUCGCUCAGGGUCAAAUGGAGGGUCAAAGGUCAGAUCAGAGAGAGUGGCCCUGCUGGUUGUCAGCGCUCUCCUGGCAGCUGCUGUCAUUGUUAUUUGCCGUCUCUCUCUUGAUAACAUGCACACCAAGCAAAGUUUCCAGACUCUGAGAGAAGAGCAUGAAGCUGUGAAAAGAAAUCUCACAGAUGACCCAUGUCCAAAAUGUGAAUAUGGCUGGGAGCAAGAUGGAAGACAGUGUUAUUAUUUCUCCAUCAAUCGUUCAACCUGGAGUGAGAGCAGAGAUGAAUGCCGACAGAAAGGAGGAGAUCUGGUUCAGAUAGACAGCAGAGAGGAGCAGACAUUCCUGGAGCUGAAACUGAGAGAAAAAAUGAACUUUGAUGAGGACAAAUUCUGGAUCGGACUGACAGACUCAGAGAAAGAGGGCACAUGGUUGUGGGUAGACGGCUCACUACUGAACGAGAGUUUGACAUUUUGGAACGGCAGUGAGCCAGAUAACUGGACAGAGAGAGAUCCUGAUGGAGAGGACUGUGUGAGGAUGGGAGAGAAACCAGGAGCUCCGGAUCUGAACUGUUGGUUUGAUGAACCCUGCAAAGUGCCUCACAGAAGUAUUUGUGAGAAACCAGCAGAAACUGGACAUUUUACUCUUCAGUGUGUCGGAAAUGUAGUUUAAAUGAAGUCUCAGCCUGUUAAACAAUCUCAGUACAGGAUACAGAAUUUGGAGCAGUUUCAUUUUUAUAUAUGUAAUGUUAAAAUAAAUGAAUAAAUAAGGAAAAUAUUAAAAUACAGUUUGUUUAAUGUGCCCAACAAUACUAUCAUAUAUUAUAUCAUCAGACUGUAGUUACUCAUGUAUCAAUGGAAAAGCAAAUUUCUACUGUCAUAGUUUGUUGAAGUGGAGCUCAUUUCUAACUGUUAUAGAUCAUAUUAUUAUAUUAUUUGCUGUAACUGUUGGGUAGUUACAUUUAUUAUAAA